AUGGAUGUAUAUCCGCCUUCUGGGACUCAGGCUGAUCCUUCGCUUUUCCCGCCCGAGUCGGUGGUUGGGUUUCCUGGACCGACACCGAGUGGAGUCGAGCCGAAUGCUAUCGAGACUGCGCCAUUCUAUCCGUAUAAUGAUCAGGCUGCGUUUUCCUGGCCGCUGAUCAAGCCCCAGCCGCAUGGAACCGGGUCCCAGUCUCCCGACUUUGAUAUUUCAAAGCAUUGGGGCAAUCUCAGCCCGUGGUACUCGGUUCGCAGCGCCGAUUAUGGUUUGCCAGAUGCUAGCCCUUUGAUUCCAGAAGGAUGCGAUAUUACGCAAAUGCAUCUGCUCUAUCGCCAUGGAGCCAGGUAUCCGACCAGCGACGCCGCGCCAGCGACAUUCGCUUCGAAGCUUGCCAAUGCCACCAAAACAGGACUGUCGUUCUCUGGAGAGCUCACCUUUUUGAGCAACUGGAGGUACAAGCUGGGCGCUGAACUACUUACACCAUCUGGUCGCAGCCAAAACUUCAUGUUAGGAAUCGAGUACCGCCAACUCUACGGCCACCUCCUCAACAACUUCACCGAAUCCGGAAAGAUACCAGUGUUUAGAACCGAAAGUGAAGAUCGCAUGGUCCAUACAGCUGAAAACUUCGCCGCCGGCUUCUUCGGCGUACCGGAAUACAUAAACCAAGUCAACAUCGAAAUCCUCGUCGAAAACCCCGGCGUCAACAACUCCGGUGCCCCCUACGAAAUCUGCAACAACUCCAACAUCGCCUCUCGCGGCAGCAUCGGCGACACCGUCGCCUCUGAAUUCGCUACAAACGCUUUCAACGCCACACUCGCACGCCUCCAAUCCCAAGCCCACGGUAUAACCUUCACCCCCUCUGACGCAAUCUCCAUGCUCCAACUUUGCUCCUACGAAACCCAUGCCCUGGGCUCCUCCCCCUUCUGCGCCUUGUUUAGCGAGCAGGACUUCUUGAACUACGAAUACUACUACGAUCUCGCCUUCUACUACGACAACGGGCCCGGCUCUCCCGUAUCCGCUGCGCAAGGAAAAGGGUAUCUAGACGAGUACAUUGCGCGUUUUACUCAUACGUUUCCUGCGCCGAAUUCCGCAUUGAACGAGACGUUUGAUAAUACCUCGACGUAUUUUCCGCUUGAUCAGAGUAUCUAUGCUGAUGCGACGCAUGAGGUCGUGGUGCUGGAUGUGCUUGUGGCGUUUAACCUUACUGCGCUGUUCAAAGGGAAGCCGCUGAGUGUACAGGGAAAUGAGGGUUCGAAUACGUUUGUGGCGAGUAAGCUGGUACCGUUUGCAACUCAUUUUACGACGCAGGUGCUGGAGUGUAGGGAAAGGGUGCCGACUAAGCAAGUUAGGUUUAUUGUGAACGACGCUGUUGUCCCCAUUCACGAGUCCCAUCCUGGGUGUCCCGAGGACGCGGAUGGACUUUGCGCGUUUGACAAUGUGGUUGAGGUGCUCAAGAAGAGGAGUGCAGAGAUUGAUUUCGACUAUGAUUGUUUUGCCAACUAUACUGCUGUGCCUGGUAUGGAUUACAACGGCCGAGCACCAAGAUAG